AGGAGGCCGCGCGCCGGCGGGGCGCUUUAUGCGGAAGCCGGUGGCGUCUGGUCCCAUCCUCCUUUGGGAGCGGGCAGUUCGCGACCCCACGUCGAUCCGCUCACUUCUCUUUCGAGUCCGCGCGCUCUCAGAGGGUGCCUGGACAGAUUGAAGUCAUGGCCAUUCUUUUUGCUGUUGUUGCCAGGGGAACCACUAUCCUUGCCAAACAUGCUUGGUGUGGAGGAAACUUCCUGGAGGUGACAGAGCAGAUUCUGGCUAAGAUACCUUCUGAAAAUAACAAACUAACAUACUCACAUGGCAAUUACUUGUUUCAUUACAUCUGCCAAGACAGGAUUGUGUAUCUUUGUAUCACUGAUGAUGAUUUUGAACGUUCCCGAGCCUUUAAUUUUCUAAAUGAGAUAAGGAAGAGGUUCCAGACUACAUAUGGUUCAAGAGCACAGACAGCACUCCCAUAUGCCAUGAAUAGUGAGUUCUCAAGUGUCUUGGCUGCACAGCUGAAGCAUCAUUCUGAGAAUAAGGGCCUAGACAAAGUAAUGGAGACUCAAGCCCAAGUGGAUGAACUGAAAGGAAUCAUGGUCAGAAACAUAGAUCUGGUAGCUCAGCGAGGAGAAAGAUUGGAAUUACUGAUAGAUAAAACAGAAAAUCUCAUGGAUUCAUCUGUCACCUUCAAAACAACCAGCAGAAAUCUUGCCCGAGCCAUGUGUAUGAAGAAUCUCAAGCUCACUAUCAUUGUCAUCAUUGUAUCAGUCGUGUUCAUCUAUAUCAUUGUGUCACCUCUGUGUGGUGGAUUUACGUGGCCAAGCUGUGUGAAGAAAUAAAAAUAAGAGAAAGUUCUCCUUAACCAAGGAUAUGAGAGAAUGAGGAGUUAAAAGCAAUCCUUGUGAUUCAAGCCUUUUGAUACUGACAGAUGGUAUCUGCCAGUCUCUUCAACCCUCUUCUUUUUAUUUUUUUAAAUCUUGUUCUAUGCCUCCAGAUUUAUCUUUGCCCUGUUAACCAAUUUACUCCAGUGCACUUCAGAUUGAACCAUUUAUUGUGGCGAUAUUCUUAAAAAGGCUUUUUGUUUGUUUCUUGAGUUUGUUAACUAGUGUCAUCUGCUUAGAGAAACAUUUUUGUUUGUCAUUGCACAAAGCUAGCACCAAGAUAGAAACCACCAGUCUUAAGAGCUAAAUUGUGGAUGAACUUUGUAUGUGCACACAGAAGUAUUCAGGAGAGAUAAAACUGUUAACAUCUCAUCUUAAUGUCUUUUGUUAUUGAAGAGUUUUAGGUGCUUGAAAACAAUAUAAAUGGAGAAUCGUUAUUUGGGGAAUUGUAAUUGAGUUGCUGGUGCUGCUUAUUUCUAAGAGCCCAAACAGGUAAGUAUUCAACAUUUUAUCUCAGUCAGAUGGGGAACAUUUCACUAGUCCCUUAGAAGCACACAGAAUUAUCCUUGUUCUAAUAUUCACUUUCAGGAAGAAAGUUUUGACCAUUUACAACCUGUGGAACUUGAUUUCUUCUGUUUCCCUAUUGCAGUUGAGUUGAGGAGAUGAUGGUUUAAAUAUUGUUGAAGGUUGUGUUUUUUUUUAAUUUCUUUUUCUUUGGUGGGUAUUAAGGUAUUGGAGGAGGUAGAGAGGCAAAUUCCUCUGGCUCACCAAAGGAAAAGAAGAGAAACACAGGAUGUGCUAACAUUUUAGAUGUAUGAAGGGAGGUAGUGAGGGAAAUUUUUUCAGUCUGGGCAAGGUCCAAACUGAGCAUAGUUAACAGUCAGCUGCAAGGUUUGUAUUUGACUGCUGUUGAAUACUAGUUUGAGCAUCCUUUUGUGGUUGAAUAAGUUCUCUAAUCUGCCUAAUCUGAAGACUUCUUUUGUGAAACUUGAGAGUAGACAGUAUGAUGUAUAGAAGAAAUGUAAGACAGUUUAACAUCUGUUUAACUGCAGUGUGAGAAAACGAGUAUAAUCAUGCUGCUUCAGCAACUGUUGCAUCUGUUAGCUAGUAUGUAUUUUUGGUGUGUAUCUGAAUGGAGAACAUUUGCUACCCUAGAUGUAAUUGCAUUUAUUUAUGAAUAAAUGCCAGUAAAUGGAAAUUAUAUUACAUUUGACUAUUUUCCCAAUGAAAGAAUAACUUAGUCUAUAAAACCUACCCACCUGUUUAGCCUAGUCAUGUGCCUUGAAUACAUAAUCUGGCUCAUGUUACCUGUUCUUCCAUCCAAACCUUUCAGUUCAUACCACCUGAUUGAUUUAUUUGACAUAUAUUUUAGGCCCUGUGGAACUUUUCCUGAUGAUCAUGCAUAGUGAAAAUAUUUUUCAGUCUUUUUUUAUCAACACUAAUGCUUUUUAAUUACAUUACCAUUUCCUAUUGGAAAACACGUUUGUUCCAGGAAAACAUUUGGCAUUCCUGAAUAAGAAUUCCCAAAUGUCUUUAAUCCAAAGAAAAUACCUUCAAGUUUAUUUCCCUUUCUUAUACACACCUGACUAAAAAUGAUGUGCAUGUUUUAGGGAUAAGUUACUUAACCGUCCCUUGGUCUAUCUAUGUAUAAGAAUGCUUUUGAAAGCACAUAUCUUGUUUUAAAUGAUGCACAUACUGAAGGCACUAAUAAAAUUUAAGAGUAAUACAGUGAGUUUUUGUUUUAGAAUUUCUUCCUGGAAUCUAAUUUCUUCAUUAGAUCAGUUCAACUGCUUUUAUCUCUGAGAAAGAGAGGGACCCUGUGGGUAAGUUGAAACAUUGUCUUUUAGAGUACAUUGUACAAAAUUAUUUUGGAUUCGUGGAUUAUUAUUUAUUAAACCAAAACAUUACCUAAAUCUGAAAUAUGUUGUAACUCUUUACAUCUCUUUUCCAAAGAGAAUGAAAACCAUGACAAUAUAAGAAACUCAUAUUUACAGGUUUAUACCCUGACUUACCUUUUUUAUUCUGAUUCCAACUUUAGAACAGCAUAAAGAAAACUUUAUAAAGAGUUUCAUGCACAAGGAGAAAACAUUAAAUUCAAGAGUACACCCCUUUUGUACUUUCACUUCUGGUCAAGAGGGAGUGAAACAGGGAUUGUAUUUACCCUCCUGCCUUAAGUAACUUAAAAAAAUAACAAAAUAUAUGAAACAGCACUUUUUAAGACACUGGACUCCUGGCUGUGAAGGGCAGUGAUACUUUAAAGAGGUGAACCCAACAAUAGCCACAGCUUAGUAUGUUGAGAGAGUAUCCAGGCCAUGAUCUAGUAAGGAAGAAUCCAGGAAGAGCCUGGCAAAUUCCCUUGGUUGACACAUGACUGAGAUUUCCAAGACUAUUGUCUUCGCAUGCAGGGCACUGGAGAGGAGAGAGCUGCAGAGAGAGGACUUGAGAUCUAAAGAAACUACCCAGUGCCAAGGAAGGAACUCAGAAAAGGUUGGACCAGCAUCCUACACUCAUGCAGGACCAGGAAUAUUGCCUGUACCUACCAGAUGGACUGGAAAACUUCAUGACUCACAUGGUAUUAGGUAGAGUAGAAAAGGUCUUGCUUAGACCAGGGUUUCUGAUCCUUGGCACUGUUGGCUCUUGGAAACAGAUACUCAGGGUCCAGGUCGAGGUCAGUGCUAGAGUCUGGGUUAGGGGUCAGGCAUAGCUUAUAGUAUGGACAACCUUGAAAACAUACUGGUUGCAAGCAGAUGCAAAAGGUCACAUAUAAAUAUCCUGAAGAGGCAAAUCCCUAGAGAAAGAAAGCAGAUGAAUGGUUUCCAGAGGCUUGGGCGAGAGGAAUGGGAAGUGAUUGCUUGUACAGUAUGACAUUUCAUUUUGAGGAGGAAGAAAUUUUUUUGCAGGUAGAUAGUGGUGAUAGUAACAGAAUGGUAUCAGUAUAUUAAGGACCAUUGAAUUGUACAAUUUUAAAUGGUUAAAUAUUGAACCUAAUGGUAUAUGACUUUCAUCAUUAUAUAAAGAGAAUUGAAUUUAAUUUUUGUUCUACAGUAUCCACUGUAAAGUGGGAAACCAGGGUUACCAAUGGAGAAAACAAGAAUUCUGGAUAAAACUUUUGCUUAAGAGACAGGAAACACCAGAGUGUAAAAUGAAGCCUUGCAUAUACACUGUACCUGCUCCUGUGUUCAGUGUGUCCUGAGCACCCCUGGUGUUCUUGAUCUCCCCCUGGGGAUCCUGAGCCUCCUUGGUGAAUGUGAGCACCCCAUGCAGCCCAGCCCCCUCUUCUCUCCCUGCAGAGAGGUUUGUGUCUGUUUCCCUCACCAUGCUUCUAACACAGUAAUACAUAUCUGUGUUCAGAUUUCAAGUUAUUUGUUUUAAGAGAAACUGCUUGUAUGGUUGUCUCUGGAAAUUGUGAAUCUUCCUUGAACUGAUGGAGCUUACCAUGGACUUUUUCUGGUUGGUUGGCUACUCGUGCCACCCAUUCCAGUCCCUGCCCUGAAGCCUGGCAGACCUGUGUACCCUCUGUAUGAGAGGCUCAGAGAACUCACUUUUGACAGUGAUGAGAAAGGAAGCCCAGGUCAGCACAGACCCAAUGGAAUGGACACUGAGGAAGGGCACAGACUUGGGAAUGAGUGCUCAGCAGGAUCUUCAGGGACAGGAGGUGAGCUGAUUUUCAUGAAUCGGGGGGACAUUUGCAUGUCUUUCCCCGGUGGGACCUGUAUGCGCUGCCCAGCAAGGCUUGUGCCUCCACUGCCUCGGGAUUACAGGGAGUUACAGGUGGCAAAGGAUUCUUGGGACUGGAUGCUGAGGGUUAACUCUGCUGCUUAUUCAACUCUAGUAGUUUGUCUAUGAAGAGUAGUAGAUACUUAUCACUUCGAUAAGAAGUGGGAUUUUGAAGCUCUCCAGGGUAGGUUGCUAAUAAAACCACUCUGGAGAUGUGCAGGUACAGGAUUUUGGAGGUGACAGUGUCCCCUAGGGGUCACUAUGAGACAUGCAGAUGUGUGAGACCCAGGUGCCUUACCCUCUACCGCAGACUCUGUGAAGAGGAGAGGAACAGGAGGUCGAAAAGGAUGAAUACCUUGCAACAUUUGUAGUGUUUUUAUUAGUUACACUAGUGGAAGUAUCUGAUUUCAUUUUUGCAAUGUAGGUGUAUAACUUAUUUGGUACUUUCAGAGAAUGUGAGUAUAAAUAAAAAGCAACAGGAUUACUGUUUAAACUAAGACAUGCACUCAUUAAUACACCUUAUCUUUUGUCCAGCUUCUUAGAGCUCAUUUCUUAGAUCAUUUCUUUUUGCUAUUUAUUAAAUUUUCCCUAACAGGUUUUUAAUCUGUGGAUUCCUAUCAGUUCCACUUUAGGUCUGUUCCUACACUUCCAGGCUUACAGAUAUUUGCCCGUGUAUUUGGGCUAUGGUCAAUAGGGACAUCGAUGAUGUUGGAAUGAGGCCACCCAGACCAUUCUCUGACCUCUGUCAGACCUCAGUCACCAAUGGGGUUGUCCACCCUUGAUGCUCUGCAGUUCAUGGGACAGUCUGGAGGUUCUCUCAGCAGAAUAAUGUGUGAGUAGUUAGAGGUGCCCUGAGAUCAGCAGCCGUCUCUGUCUCCACCUAACACAAGCCUAUUCUGCAAUAGAAGCUAUGUGACCAGGAAUCAUGUGUGCACAAAAUGUGGGCUCAGUAAGGUGGUAGAGGCCAUUUGCAGGCCACCUGAGUGUAGCCUGCCCUGGGGAGCUCAGGGAUAGACAACUGCAUGAGAUGGAUAUUACGGGAUGAAGUGGGGAUACCUUUAUGCCCCAACUUUAGCAAGGCUCCCCUCUGUACCUGGCACUCAAGGGAAAGUUGGGAAGAAGGGAGAAGGGCUCCAACCUCAUGGAGCUCAGUGGCAGAUUUAGUGAGAGUUUGGACAGUAGAAAACAGGAUGAUUUUGGGGCGGGUGUUCUGAGGGACAGCAAAAGGUAGGCAGGCAUCAGAAAUCUAUUCCAGCUAGUUCCCAUUAUCCAUGUGGAUUCUCCAAGCUGAGAGACUUGUCUUAGGGCUCCGUCCCCAGGACUGCUUUUUACCUGUCUCAGAACAUGGCCCAGCAGGACUGUGAUAGGUUUUCAUUUUGCAGUUGUUGCCCUUCUGACUGCUUCAUGGAGAAUUCUCAGAGCUGUGUGAGGUUCUCAAGUUCAAUCCUUCUCCAUCCAAGAGACUGAGGGACAGCCACUAAAAGUGUCAAACCCUGAGCAUCAAUGUUCAUCCUUGUGGGUGAAAAGCAAGAGGCUAAAGUGCCCCCAGAAGGACAGAGAUCCUCGGGGCAGAAAUUGUGGGGGCUGAUCCUGCUCAUGUGGGGUUAUUUGCCUUCCUGAAGGAAGAGUGUGAGCUCAGCAUACACAGUCACAGAUGCAUGGCACAGCACUGCUCUGUAGCUUGGGGAAAUAUUUCACAAUGAACACUCUGAGAAUCCGUAGAAUGGUUUGUCAGUCAGGAAAAACAUAACAUAGGAAUAUGGUGAAAAUAAGGACCCUAGUGAGCAGUCAAAUGCAGGCAGAGUUAUUGUACUUUAAUGGGUACAUUGAGAGUGUGAGAAAUUAGAGACACAAAGAAAAAACCGUGAAAUGUCUCAGGAUGCAGUUGAGAGCUACAAGUGGGGAGGAAGCCAAUGAUCCUUAUAGGAAGUCCCUCCCCAUUGCUUCUGGGCACCUGCUCCUGAGCUGGGCCCCUGUGUUUGGUAGUCCUGAACUCCCUGGUGGGUCUUGAGCGCCCCCUGCAGCUCACCCCUCCUAGGUCCCUGCAGGGUGUGUCUGGGCUCACACUGAUGUCCCUUCAUGUGUAUCUUGUACAAUAAUACAAGAUACCAUGUCCUCAGCAGUGGUAGAGUUCAGCUGUGGGGAUAAAUAGUUCUUGGGUAUGGCUGUAGAGAUGGAGGUGUGGUUCUGGAAGCAUGGGCUAAAGUAUUCCCUCCAUUGGCACCCAUGCACUCCAUCCACUUCAGUCCCUUCCCUGGUGGCUAGGAGAUCCAAUGCCAACAGUAAUCACUUACUGUCACGGGAACUCCAGAGACAGUAGGUGAGGGAGUCUGGAGGACUUCACCAGUCCUGGGCCCACCUCCUACAACUGUACUUGGAACAGAACAGGCAGAACAGGAGAAACACUGAGCCACCCACUUGACAGAUUUUAUCUUCACCACCAUUCUUAGGAUCCAGAGUUGCUCACGGUUGAGAUGUGUUACCAAGAGGAGGAAUAAACAGAAGCAUUUCAUGUUCUUUUGGAUAAAUCACAUGGAAGCCAGAGAACUUUAUCCAGGAAGAUGACUGAGUAGCAGAGGUACUUUGUUUUCACCAUGGGUCCCAGAGCAUUAUUUGUGUGGGAUGGCAUGUUUGUAUAUAAAGCCUGGAAGGGUUAGUGGUUGGUCCCUUUGUCUGGGACUGUCUGGGGAGGAGGGUGCUAGCUGUGAUUCAGGGUGAACACAGCUUCUGUUUUCACAGAUCCUUCCAGAACAGAAGGAUCAGAGAGCAUGAGGCUAUGGCAGUAAGCAUCAUUUCUUUUUCUACUAAUUGGCAGAGAUACUGACUUUCUGAAGGUGUGUUAUCCCUGAGCUUCAGAGACAAAAAUACAUGAAGCUGGGGUGGCGUUGGAAGUGCUGGAGGCCCAGAAACUAGAAUUGAAGGAAUGGUGAUGCUCAGAUGGAGGGCAAGCUCUCCUCUCACCAUCUCAGGGUCUUUGCAUACCAGGCAUUUCCACACAGCUGUCCUGGCCCCAGUGUCUUCUCAUGUCAAGGUCUCAUAGGUCUCAUCCAGAGGCUUCUCCAUUCAGUUGUGGUCUGCUAAGAUCAUCUCCCUGAGGCAGGAUCCUAUGAUCCCUUACUUGAUAUGAGGUCUGAGGGAGCCCACUACAGACUCAGACAAGUUUGCACUGAGUUGGUCACACUGAUGCUUGACUAUGCACCUUGAUCAUGUUUUUGAACAUUUGUCAGAGGUGAACAUCAUUGCACUGUGCUGUCUGUUCAAAGUGAGGCUGUCACCAAUGCCUAGACAGGCUAUUUUGAUGGGGGAAUGUGCAUGUAGAAUAGGGAGAAAUGCUUAUCUCUGGUAAUGUAAAAGGACUGAAUGGGCCAGGUACACACGAUAUAUGAUCAUUUCACACUGCCUUCAGUGUGAAGGUUGGAUUUCUGCUCUAGGAGGAUGGAAGAUGAUUGAUGUAGGGGAUUUUAUUACACUCAGGUUACUUGUAAAGCCUGAAUGACUGGAGCAAACGUAGGAAGGAAAAAGAUACAAUUAUCUGGGAAACAUUUAGGAAGUACCCUUAAAAUUCAACUAGACCUUUAGUGUGGAGGAAGGAAAUGAAAGAGGAGACAUGGGCUGGAGGAGGCCCUCACUCUGCACAGGGAGUGGGUCCAAAAAAUUGAUGAAAGCACUGAGUCUAUUCAUGAAAUCAUUAAUCAAAUGGGAAGAAAGCCCUCACAAGUAGCUCAGUAGCAAGGAAAAACCAGUACUUCAACAGGAAAUGCUCACUCCCCUCCAAACCUCUUCUGGGGCUGGUCUCUGUGUUUGCUGUGUCCUGAGCUUCACCUGGUAGUAUUGAGUGUACCCUAGUGGUCCUGAAUACUUUCUGGUGGUCCUGAGAUACCCCUCAUCCUGAGUGUCCACUUCAGCCCAGCACCCUGUAGUCUCCUUGCAAAGUUUGCAUCUGGACUCACACUGACUUCCCUGCACUGUGUCUCUCACAGUGACAUACAGUUGUGUCCUCCAUUCUGGGGCUGUGUGGUGUUAAAUUAAUGUGGCUUUUGGAGGGUCCCUGGUGAUGCUGAUUCAGGACUUAAGGGGGAUUAUAGUUUGGCUUCUAUCACCCUAUAUCACACCAACCCAAUCCAGUCUUUUCCUGGAGCCUGGCAGAUCCAGCUCACACCACAGAUGGUUAAAGAGAACCAAGAGACAGAGAGGUGAAGGAGAAGGUAUGUGAGGGCUUCACCAGGCCACACUCUGACUCCUGCAGCUGCACCUGGGACAGGAUACCUGGGAAUAAGGAGCAUCAUUGUCAGUCAACACACCAUAAACUGCAUGCCCAGGUCCCUUUCCUAAAAUCCCAGAGACACUUACCUUGGGAAGCAGCCUCAGGACACCUAUCAUCCUGUGAGGGGCUCUUGGUGAGAAGAAGACUGGGGCUCCCCUGCCCAGGGCUGGGCUUUCAGCCUGAGACUGGGGUCUGCUUUAUAAGCGGGAGGCUCUGAGGAUGUAAGAGGGGUAGUAGACGGGAGGUCUCUAUCUGCCCUUCCCCAGGACAGAGUGAUUUCCCUUGUCCUCUUUAAAGGGACUCAGGAGACAAAACCUCAGGGACUCUCGUACAUCACUACCUGGUCUGUUUCCAGACAAAAAGCAAGAGAGGUGGGCCAGAGUGUGUAGGGUUAGGGGUGGGGAACAUGUAGAAAUGUUUAAAAUGGAAUGAUUCUGCAUUCAUCAAGAGGGAGGAGACGAGGACCUCAAUAUUCUCAGUAGGUUUCCUCAUUUUUAAAAUUCUAUGGGAAAUUUCCAUGGAAAAUUCAGGAAGGGGCAGGACAGUACAUUCAAGUGGGAUGAUGAUGAUGGAGAAAUACAUGUUUACGGGACGGACUGACAUUGCUUUUCUGCUCGUACAACACAUGCCCUAUUCUCCAUAAAAUGAUAUGUCCUGGAUUUAUUUGUGAAAGUAAAGCAAUCUUUGCAACAGUUGUAUAGUUUCUCCAUUCUGUUCCAUGCAUGUGAGCUCUCACAAACACCUGGCCUUGGGGAAGAGCUUCUGCUUGGUUGUAGUGUCUUGGCCUUGGAGUGGACAAGCUUGUGCCACUAAAUUUGGGGGUGGGUUGUUAUGCUACAACAGAUAUAUGAUCAUCAUUGUGGAUAAAAUGAAGGUUCCUGUGGCCAAGAUUCUCACCUAGGGCUGGUUGGUUAGCUCACUACAUGUGUGGGCAAUGUAUCAUUAUUGACUCUAUAUAUAUAUAAAGAGCCCUGCCCAGUGCUCUGGAUGACACAGUGGCAUGGCUGCAAGGCUGCAGGAGUGCAGAACAGAGGCUGGAGUGGUGGCAGUGCUGGGACAGAGAACGGGGCAGCUGUGUGGGCAGAGAGGCCCAAAGGCAGAGACCGGCUGGCUGCAUGCAGACUUGCUCUGAGUGAACGGGAUUCUAGUGAUUGAUGUGCCAUCAUAGAAAUAAAGUUGGGUAUAACCCUUUCACCCCAAGAACAUUCUGCUGUCAUUUCUUUGGUUACGUUGAUUCCAUAGUGAACUUGUCCAGGGCUGAAACCCAUUGGCAAGACAAUUGGUGACAAUCGGUAGGGCUCAUUGGUGACCGAAGAAAAAAGAACAGAUUGCCCUCCUAGAAGGAGUGCUUCAGCAGGCUGCACCUAUGGACGGGAGGACAUUUGACUAUCCCCUGUGGACAUGUGGUACUGUGAAGGGGUGGAGGACUGGGGUCCACCCCAAGAGAAAGCUAACUGAAAUGGUGUCACUGUGAAGUUCUGUGGCCCAAGAGGAAGCAGCCUGAGAAAGAGCAGCAUAAGAAGCAGUGUGGGAGUGCAGGCUGCCAGGUGCUGUGGGGCAAGAGAAAGAUGUAGUGGAGCUGUCAGCCCCAGAAGUGGAGCAGUGGAGGUUUCACUAACAGGUGGGGAUGGAGUCCUUGCCAGUGCCAGAGGCAUCGGCCCCUCCUUGGUUGAGACCCCACCUGGUGGAAAGCCAGAAGGACUCGGCAACUGCAGCUUCUUUCAGGAGAGGUGCAGCCCUCUCCUCAGGUUGUGCAGCACUCCAUGCUCUGCUUCUAUCCUCAAGCUCAAGCACAAAAGGAAAUACGGUCUGCUUCUUGAAGGAAUUUAAAGGGCCCCAGGACCCAGAUAAAAAGGCAGGAGCAAACAAAGAAAUUGGAUGACUGGAGCUGUGGCAACAACAGACCAGAGCAGCGGUUCUGGCUGCUGAGGAUGAAGCAGAGGCAGAGAUAAAGCAACAAGAUCGGCCUGUGUGUCUGCAUAACUUUCUCCUGGAGAGGCUGGAGAAGGUGGGUAUUGUAAGGCCCACCCAUAGUCCUUUUGGUUAACUCAUUUGAGUAGAACUGGUUUGAAUACAGCCAGGAUAACCACUUGGUGGCAGUGGAUCUCAUCAGGCUUGAGGGUUAUUAUAAUUUGUUGUAAUUUUUGUUAUUUGUAUAUUGCAGUAGAUUAUGGAAUUUGGUUACAAUGUUCCAGCUUCCUUGCACAGGGACCGUUGCAGAGGACUGAGGGCACAUAAAUUGAGAGGCAAGAAUCCUGGAGGGGUGGAGUGUGGAUAAAAUGAAGGUUCCUGUGGCCCGGAUUCUCACCUGGCCCUGGUUGGCUAGCUCACUACACACGUGUGGACAAUGCAUUGUUAUUCACUCUAUAUAUAAAGAUCCCUGCCCAGUGAUCUGGGCCACAUGGUGGCACAUCUGUAAGAGUGUAGGAGAGCCGAGCAGAGGCUGGAGUGGUGGCAGCGCCGAGGACAGAGCAUGGGACGGCUGUGCAGGCAGAGAGGCCCAGGGGCAGAGACCGGCUUGCUCCAUGUAGAUUCGCUCUGAAUGAGUGGGAUUUUAGUGCUUGACCUGACACCAUGGGAACAAAGUUGGGUAUGACCCUUUCACCCCAAGAAUGUACUGUCAUUUCUUUGGUCACACUGAAUCCAUAGUGAACUUGCCCGGGGCUGAAAUCCAUUUGCAAGACACUCCCCGAAGUGAUUUUAUGCUUCAAGAAUUAGUUGAAAUAGGGAUUUGGGUUGGGGUCAAGUGUCAGGGAUCAGAGUUUUUAGCUCCCAGGGAUGUGGAUGAGGUCUGUGCCUUCCCAGGGCACAGGGCCUAUUCUGGGCCCAUCUUCAGAUGCCGGGACCCUAUACCUGAGGUAGGAGUUUUGUAUUUACCACCACCAGGAGCACUGCUUUUUCUGUAGUCAGCUUCUUGCAGCUGUGGGAGGACACCAGAAGCAGCAGAUGGGUGGCCGCAGCCACAGCCCUAAGCGAGUCCUUCCUCUUGGGCUUCAGAUGUGCACUGGGCCGCCAGUGACGUGCAGUCUGCUGCUUUCCCCGCCCAGCAUCUUUAUCAUGCCCACUCCAGUACUUCAGCUUCCUGGGAACUAUGUCUCCCUGCUCCAGUCCAAGCAGUUCUGCCCCACGUUCUGCUUGCCCUGAAGAUGCGUGUGUGAUCCAAGUUUAGCUACCCCCAUGUUCCAUCCUCUGGGUUCCCUGAUGGGUUCAGGGAUGGGGAUGUGAAAACCAGGCAAAAGGCUUUUAAAUCCAAGGCUUUUUAUGGAUCCCUAGGGAAAGAGAAACCAUUCCUGGUAGAAUGAACGGUGAGUGAGUGUCAACCUGGAACUGCUGGAGGCCCCGGAUGCAGAGAGAGAGACUGUGCCUGUGAAUGUGGCCAUCCCAAAGGCACUUAGCAGGGCAGAGGGUUGGAGAGGGUCCAGUUCACACUGGGAGAGUGUGAGCCCUUGGACCUGCCACGCCCAAAUCCAGUCAGACUUGACUUUUGCAGUUGUUCACUUCUAUUUUUAAAGAUAUUAUUAAUUUAUUUUACAUCAGUAAGAAGAUUAAUAACAUGUAUACCCCCUGUAUUUGUGAGAGGUGCCCAGGAAAACUUAGGAACUCCCUGAAAUAGCCCAAGCUAUCACCUUUAAUUUCAUUUUGAGCUAAAAAAAUAUGUUGGAGGGAGGGGAAGCCAGUUGUGGGAGGUUAUCUGGCAAAGCACAGUAAACCAGGACAUAGUUGUUAAGCAGAUCUAGGCUUUCUCCAUUGAUGAGUGUCUUGAGAUUCAGCCACCCUUCUACUCCUGGAUUAGGGAGGGGGACACCUUUAAAAAGGGAGAUUUCCCUGUUGUAGAUUUCACUGACGAAAGGGUAUUUUCUACUUGGUUUUCAGAGAUUCUCAUGUCUGCUAUUUUUUAAAGUUAACCAGAUCAAAAAUAAUUCUUAAGCCACAGAGGCCUGUUUUGGGGUGGCAUAGUCUUCUCUCCUUCACAUGGAUGUGUAGGGGCCAAGAGCAUGCUGCCCUGACUUAUGCCAUUGUGAUGUGCAGAUUAUUUCAGAGUUGAAAACAAUAAAGACCCAAAAGACUCAGAAAGAAGAAGAUGCCUCCCUCAGCUGAAGGAAAAGAUUUCUGAUAGAGGACCUGCUUCAGGAAGAGAGCUGUCAUCAUAGAGAACUACAUCAUAUUAUUACCUGGAUGUGGUAAUCUGGGAGGGAUGUGGCAGAGUGCUGAAUUUCCUCUCUGUGUCCCAUGGUUUCUGUGUGGCCCAGCAAACAUUUGUUUACCAAAUAUUUACUCUUUCAUAUUCCUGUGAAUUGCUUCUCUUUUCCUUUGAAGUCUCAGACUCCUACCCCCUUCUGCUUUCUUCAGGAUGACAAAAGUACCUCAUUGUUCCUAACUGCCUUGGGAAUCUAUGUCUGUGGAUUCCCUGUACAAAUACAAUUAAACUUAUUUUUUCUCAUGUUAA